UCGCAAGAUAGCAUUUCUGGCAUCGUCAGAGCUGUCAACAGAUCUGGCAUCAUCUUCUCGCUUCUCGACGACUUUGCUGGCCAUCCUGACAGAAUCGAAAAGCUCGCCAAUAUCACAGGCAACCUCAUCAAAAGCCAGGGCUCCAGUAACAGUUCUGGUCCCUCGCUCUUUUCGUUGGAAAAGUUGACCAAUUCCGUCAACCUCACCGAGUUGAUUGGUAUAGUCCAGGGCUCGGGCCUCCUCCAGUCUGUCGCUGACGGCGUUCUCUUGGACGAGGACUACAGACCUGUGCUCGUGAACCUCACCCACCGCAUCUUGGAGUCCAACAAGAAUGUGAUUCUUUUUGCCAUCGACACCAUUUUCGCCAAAAGCGAGGGCAACCAAAAGAGAGCUGAUUCCUCUUAUGGCGGCAGUUUGGGCCAGUUUGCCUCUAACUUGGCCUACUCGUUCUUGGGCUCGUCUCUCUUCUCCACAGGCCUCGAGAACAUCUUGGGCGCCUUGAACGACACCGGCGUAGCUGUCUAUGUGGUCAAGCGUGCCAUUGCCAACGAGUCAUACCAGAACAUGACUGCCCAGUUUGCCACUGACUUGUACGCGACUGGCGCCAUCAACAUCGACCCCUCCAGCUUGAACAUCACUGGCUUACUCGACUCAGCACUUGCUGACCCUUCGCUCAUCACCAACGUGCUCAACUCCGUGCUCAGUGGUGCUGGCAACAGCAGCUCCAGCUCAGACUCGCUCUUCUCCUCGCUUGGUAAGUACUCUGGUGCUCUCCAGGCCAUCAUCAGUGACCUCGAAGACACUGGCAUUUUCCAGGAGUUGAACGACUACGUGUUCCCCUCGUCGUCAUCGUCUGCACCCGCCCCUACUUCUAGCGCCAGAUCCAACCUUAGAGUCAACGCCAAGGCUGCUUCCAACUCGACCACUAGUGGUGGUUCGAGCGCCAGCUCCUCCAGGGCCGCCUCCUCGUCCAAC